AUGAGCUUUGGAACCGGCGAUAGAAGGUGGGGCAACGUCACACAACACACAACCAAACUGGGCAUCAUGUUGAAGGUGGGGCGGAGAGACCAGCUGUGUUGGAGAGAUGGAGGAGAGAACAAGAAAAGAGGUGGAGUGUGAGGGCUGAAGGGAUUUGAUAAAGGAGUAGAGGGAGGGAAGGAUCGUGAGAGAGAAGGGGGUUGGGUGGUGGAUUUGGAAAAGAGGGAGUUGAAGAUGGAUGGAGUACGUAACACAUCAAGCUGCAGCUGAUCUGGUUUAUACCGGUUUUACUCCUCCUAGAAUAGGUGGGAGGAAUGGAUGGCGUGUCUCACCUCCAGUCUGUAUACUAUCAGCUAUCUGCUUCAUAUCAGAAGUUUAAUCUUCUUUACUAAACACACACACAAUCCCCCAGCCAGCAAAGUUCUCAGAUCUCGUCCCAGUUAAUCCAGCCUUACCUGGCCUGCCACACUCCACCGCUCCUCGCUGGCUGGGAUUUCUCUGGACAUCGCUAAAUUAGCCCAUCCACACAAGGUGUUACCGUACCGCACAAUCCCAGUUCUGUCCCCUCACACUCACUCUCCUAUCCCACCCAGCCUUAACCAAAGCUGGGCUCAGGAAGAGCAGAGAGACGGACUCUCUUCCUGGUAGUAAUCGGUCCGUGUCAGUCUCAUGGUACAGUGGAGUAGGCAGUCAGCUUUAGGCUCUGGAGGCUGGGGUGUUCGUGUGGGUUGUUAUCAGUUCAGAGUGACCCCGGGAUAAGGAUUCUGAUUAAUGUAGAGAAUGGAAAGAAUGAUUAAUAAAGGAAAGGAAAGGAAAGAUUACGGAAGGAAAUGAGUGCAGACGGAGGCUUGUGAAACGGUCGUCAGGGAGAGAGGUAGAAAUGGAGACUGAGACAGCUCAUUUCUAUCUGAACGUGUUUGGAGUGAAAAGGAAUGUAAUAAUGUAGCAUCAGCUUGUGGUCUGCAUUUCUGGGGAUUAUUCCCAAAUGAUUGCAUUACUGUAGAAAACUCAACUAGAUGAACAGAUUUGAAUUGCUUCCCAUUUAGAGUCAGGAUAUAUUUGAGUAACAAUUUAUUUUUAACAGCCUGGUUUAAGAUGGCACUUAACUAGUAUUUACAUUGAAUUAACUAAGAAACUAUGCGGUAACAAUCAUGUUUAGACCGCAUACAUGACCAGGUUCAAUAAAGCCCUGACACUCCACAUCAAUAUGUAUCAGUCAAAGUUGAUACACUCAGAGUAGAGUCAGCUAGUCUCAUCCAUAUGUAUCCAUCUAUCUCCUUACUGGACAUCCUGUCCCCUCAUUAAGACAGCAACUCCUUAGGUAGCUCACUCCUGACCUUAAUCACCAUAACUUACUAUUCACUGCUGCUAGCUGUCUGUGGCAGGACUAAGGCAGGUGGACCGUGUCUGCUCUGUGUUCCCUGUCCCUGUCCCUGUCCCUGUCCCUGUCCCUGUCCCUGGACUGAGACCUGAGUUACUAGUAGAUGUUUCAGUUAGUGUCUCUGUCGCUCUGCAUGAGUAACAGUCUAAAGGAGCACACUGGCUUAAUUUGCAUUGCAGUAGCCUAUGAAUCACCUUGAAAGUUAGGAUGGUUGUCAUAUUAUGUUUUUAAAGUUUUGCAGUUGUUAAGACUGGUCUAUCUUGACUUCCCUGGUCUUUCCUAGCUUUCUCUGGUCUGUAUUUCCUGUAGUUCCUCUUCCCAUCCAGCAUCUGCUCUAUCCAUCAGUAGUUCCUAGCCCUUUCCAUUGUAGCCUGUAGUAGCAUUAGCCCUUUCCAUUAUAGCCUAUAGUAGCCUUUAGCCCUUUCCCUAACUGACUGGGGCUAUAGCUAUAGGGGAGGGAUGAUGGGGUGAAGAAGACUUUAAUGUCCAAUAUUUCCACUCCGCCCCUGAUCUGAUGCCCAAUGCUUCCAUGUUUCCAGGUGUCACAUUUGCUGCAAAGGGCUACUUCGAGGCACUGGUGAGGAUGGGAGAGAUGGCCAGCAAAAGUCAAGGCUCUAAGGAUCUUGGUGAGUCCUAG